AUGGAUUCGUUUUUUGGAUUUAAUACUAAUCUUUCGGUGGAGAACGACGAGGACGAUGAUGAGCUUGGCAGAAUAUGUCCUCAGGCACGCACAGCCGGCCUGCGUUCGCCACUGCAACGGCGAUGUAAAGAAGACAUUUCGGACGAGGAAGAAUAUGACGCUCUGAAUGAUGAAACGUUCGGUUCGGCGGACAAAGGAGACUGGGAAGACAUUCACGAAAACCUGGUACGGCUGGAACGUGGUAGGAAUGGCAUAGGAGCGAUUUCCUUUCCCGGGGAUGACGAUGACGGUGAUGGUAGCAGUGGCGAUGUGUUGUUCGAGGAUUACGAUCUGGAUUUGCAGCUUUCGAAGUUGACGUGCUACGAUACCAACGAUGAGAGCGGGCGGAGCAGUGCGGUUGCACAGAGCAUUGGCGAUGAGUUUGCGAGCAAGUUACGGUUGGAUCCGAGCAUAUGGGGUAGUCCAUUAAAGGCACAACCUGCAGCACAGCAACAGUACACCGGUCACAAAUCGCACGUAGCUCCAUUCGCCUCGCUUCAGUCGUAUGUCGGAUUUAAACCUCCACAACUUCCAACGUAUCCGAUAGGCGAACAGAAAACUUCACGGCCUCCUCCUGCGUUAUAUCCACCAAUGAAAAUGCUCUCAGUGGAGGAUAUUGAGCGAAGCAUUAUACAGAAUCAGCACCAACAAAACCAACAAUCGUUUCAUUUAUUUCAGAAACAAAUUGCACAACCACAGCAACCUUUGCAAUCGUUUCGUCCAUCAUCAACACUGCCGGUGAAAUCUCGCGAACAUUUUACGGCGGCUAAGGAUGUCAAGACGAUGCCACCCAUGCCGCUAAUUAAUACAUCGAUAGCUCCACCGUUGGGAGUUACGCCCUCGAUGAUGACACCACCACCGCACCUGUUGGCAGCGAGAAACUGUGCCCUGUUUCCGCCGGGGCCGCCACCACCAGCAGCAGCUCCCUUGUUGAACCAUCCGAAUCGUCUUCCGCUUGGCAUAUUGCCGUACAAUAUGUUAGCUGCACGACCGUACUCGACACCAAUCAACAAUCUAGCGAUGCAUCCUGCUUUUCCUCCGCGCUGUCCAUACGGUUCGCCGCUGCAAGGAUUUUUAGGUCCACCACUGAUACAACGCCAUCCAGGACCUCCGGGGCCAUUUCUGCUGCAACGCAGUCCAACUCCACUGCAGAACAAUCAGUUUAACCAGCGUCUAGUGCAGGAAAUACAGCAAAACCAUCCGAUGCUAGCAUUUAACCGACAGCUCGCCAACUCUUUCAACAAUGGAAUGAUGAAGAACGUAUCGCAAAACCAUCCCAGGCCAGCGCCCGUUAAGCAGAUGCAUUAUCAACAGCAGCAACGAUCGUGGUUAUCCAACGGCAUACCGGAAGAUGCUGGGGUACCACCGAGAGAACACGAUGAAUACGCAAACAUGAUGAGCACGCGGGACAAGCAGUGGUUGAUCGGGAUACAGCUGACGCAGCUCAACUCUGAUUUACCGUAUCUGAACGAUUAUUACUUUACCGUUUACAAGCAAAGAUUGGCAGCGGCGAAGGGUGAAAAUGAAAAUCGUAUCUACAAGGAAAACCAACUGAGCCAUCCGUUUACCCAGCCGAAGGAACAUGCCCAGCUGCUACUGCUUUCAAUGCUAACGAAGAACGUCAAGGGUGGAUUGUUGAAUUUGGGUCGAGAACGUAGAAGUUCCGAAUCCAAACCGGCCAGCGGUAUCGAUGGAAAAGAUGGCACGGUAGGUGGUCGUGCAUAUACGCCAUUCCAGUUUGAAAAGUCGCUCGGAAAGUUGCAGUGCGGAAGUGUCACGGCACCGAGGAAGCUUAUCGAUGCCGAUGUUAUGGGAAGUGAUCAGCUGAACGGGAAUGGCGUAACAGCGGCGGAACAAUCGUUGACGCAGCGCAAGGCUCGACAUGUGCUGUUGCUCAUUGAAACAUUGUACAACCUUGUGCUUAAGCUGGAAGAUAAGCUUAACCCGACCGCCAUAGCCGCUGCCGCUUUGUUGCGUGAAAAGAAGUUACGCGAACAGGACAUGCUUUGUGACGCUGCAGGUACCAACGAUGGUUCCCGCGGUCAGCUACACACGUCGGGCGGAACGGAUACGAAGUGCGAUGGAAUGCUAGCAGAGUUGGAAGUAUCAUUCGAAGAUCUAUCCACUUCCCUGAUAGGUCAGCUAACGCAGGACAAAAUUACAUCCAUACUCGGUGUACGCAAGGGUCGCAUAUUACUCCGGCGUUCGUUGGCUGUUCUUCAUGGCCAUGCUGCUCGCUGGACGUUGUGGGGUAUGAUUUUUACCGCGCUGCCCUGCCUGGCCAAACGGGAUCGUGACGACGCGGAGGGUCUGCUGUUGACACUGUUCAGUGAGUUUGAGCGCCAGAUUCGGUAUGGCACGAUAACGGAUUUGCUGCAGGUGGCGAAAACGAUCGGUUCUUCGUGCAAGGUGAUGCAAUGCAUCGUCAGCAGUAAAUUUCUGCUCUCCUGCAUCAUCACCAUAAUCUUUCAGAUGGAAAUGUUUUGCGGCAAAAAUCCGGCCACACUCUUAAGCGCAUCGCAGGACGACUGGUGGAUAUCAUUCCUGGCGGACGUGAACAGCGUAGUAAGGGAUACUAGCCGACCAGCGCACAGCAGCGUUGCGAUAAAUCCUGAUAACAAUAUCGUUCGCACGCUACGGGUUCACUUUGCACGCUUCGGCACACGUGUGGACGGGACGGAUCUGCUAAACUUCAUUACCGAUAAUGGGAAUAGCAAGCAGAGAUCGGGUGCGGCCAGAAAACAAUCAUUACAAGAAUCAAACGUCACCAAAUGA